AUGCCGCUAUCCUUCGAAGGAGUCAUGGUAAAUCCAAGGACGGAUGUAGAACCUGCCUGUCCCGGCGGCAACUCCGACACUAACGGGGACACGAGCCAAAACUGUGCUCGAGGCUCGCGAGCGUGCGUCUACCUAAGCUCAUCAGCAGGCACCGCUUUAGACCAUGCGAGGUCCAUCGCCUGGGUAGAGUCGAUCGAGAGUGCGUGUCGAACCUGGAGGGAAAGCGGAGAAACGCCAUUCCCAAAGCUGAAGGUUUUAUCAUCCCUCGAUUGGCACGGCCUGGAUCCGCGAGGUCUCCGGUAUCUCUACUACAUUGCCUCCCUCGGAGAUAUUUUGGACCAGAAUAAAGCGCGGAAAUUUGCCCUCUGGUACGAUACCUACGAAAUAGGUAUCCAAGCCACAGCAAAGUAUGACUUUGUCGCAUACGCGCAAAUAGUGGCCGCGGCUACCCGUAUCGGCAAGUUGACCAAGAUGGCAAGCGUCAUGGAAGACGCGGUGUGGUACAGGUCAUUGGCUCUGAAAGGCUUGCAACAGGCGCUGGCAUGCUUCUCCAAGGAGAAUGCCGACGGCGUGUUGGCGGCGUCCAUCAGCUUCAUGUUCAACCAGCCAACCCCAGCCGAUCUGCGGAGAGUCCUGCAGGGUACAACCGCCGUGGUCGACGCCAUGCGCCCAUGGGCCGCAUCAUCCGGAGUACGGGCGCUAUACGAACUCGUCUAUACUGACGAAGCAGAAACCCAAUACCCCGACCACCCGGAGCAACAAAGCACUGGUUCUUAUUGCACCGAGCCAGCAACGACGUCUGCUCCUCUGGUCACGGUGCAGUCGGCCACAGCGGCUGUCGAGUUCCUGCUGGAGCAGGGGUUGACCGCCAUGAACCGGCUGACCGUGUGCAUCAGGCACAUGAAAGAGCUGGCCACCACGGCGCGGGGUCUGGCAGACAUGCUCCGGAUGGCCCAGGCAAAACACCUGAACGGCCAAAAAUACGACCCAUUCUGGCUCGUCCACCCGUUCUGCGGGAUGACCAGCCGCGAGGCCAUCUCCUUCAGCGACAUCCGCGGCUCGAAGCCCUUCAUCCUUCUCUUCCUGGCCCACCUGUACAGUGCCGUGGUCGUGGUGUCGAUGCUGUACCCAGAACUUGACACCGCCGGGUUCGUCACCGUCCGUCUAUACUCCUUAGAUGCCCUGAGACGGCAUUUCGAGCCCAUCGCCACGGUUGAGUGCGACACCUGCGGGGAGGCCCACCGCUGCCAGGAGCUUAUGGCAUUCCCUUGGAAUGUCCUGCAGACAUACCGAAAAUGGCGAGUCGAUCGGCGAAGCCUGUCACCACGGUCGUCGCCGUCUCCUGCUCCCGAGCGGUGGGAAGAGAGCUCACUCAACAUGACGUUUGAUGCGAAGGGAAUUGCCACCAUCGACAAAGCUACCCAUAAAGGCCCGACGGCUGGUAGAGAGCUGCAGAGAACGCACCAAAGCUGGCUACGGGAAUACGCAGACUCUAGCAAGCAUGUGCCGGGAGACGCUUCACACCACAGUUUCAUGGACCAGCUCUCAACCAUGUAG